GACCGGGCCUCGUACCAUGCCCUGUCGUGUUUACCGAUGGCCGAACGCUGGGAUAAGCUAAGGCCAAUCUGUUCUGCAUCUCAUCAUGCGCAUGUGCGUCCAAUCUGACUCCUGACAACUCCACCUACCUACUCGACGUCUUUCCCUACGCUUUUCUGUGCGACCAAAGGAUGCUGCAGUCUUUAUUGCGAUAAUGAAGUUUUUGACGUGGACGUGAAGCAACGAAAUCGCGCGCUGAGCGCUGCCGCUUCCACAAGGCUGUGUUUAGCCUGGAUUGGCCGAUUGCGAUGGCCAUGGAGAAGUUUCAGCGAGGGCACCCAGCGCCCGAGCGGACGAGAAACCGAUCUGGGACUAUGACCGGGGACAAAGCCAUUGCGAAGAAGAGAUCGAGCUUGGGGAAGGCGGCGGGUGGCUUUCAGAGUAGAUUCCUUGCGUCGCUGAGGAGUAAGAAGAAGAACGAUGCAGAUGAAGAGUUAGCGCCGAACCCCUCGAGCCCAUUUCUGGAUGCACUAUUUCGAUUACCGGAGGAGCUCCACAUCUACAUGCUGCGCGAGUUAUGUGUCGCGGAUCUGCUCGCUUUGAGAAGAGCGUCGCGUGUGCUCAAUAUUCUCGUUACAGAGAACGCACCUGCACUCGUGCGCUAUUGGGUGAAGCAUCGGCUCGGCAAUCUUCAUUUGCAACUUUACCCGGCUCCAAGACCAGACGCCAUCGACUUUCCAUUUUUACUCACCAUGAGACGGCGGCACAUAGCGUCUAUCAGGUUGACACGGCAGCUUGCAAAUCACCUUGUGGGUGAGCCGCAGGAACAUAAGCAGCUGUGGACGUCGGUGUAUGAGAGAAUGCUCCCACUAGUCUUUGGGGUCGGAUAUUUCUUAGAUGAACAUCGACGACUACUCUUGGAAAGAGAUCUUGGCCAUAUCCGGCCACGCUCCCGUAUUGGCUACCAUGUCCGUACGACAGGCGGUAUCACGAACCAGGAAAGAAAGAUAUUGAAGAAUCUGGAUGCACCCCUGCGGCUACAAUACUUCUACAUGUACUGCUUCAUUGUGCAGGUGCUGCUUCGGAAACUACGACCAUCAAGUCGUACUGGAGCGGUGGAAAAGUUCCUACGAGGGUGGUCCAACCAGCCGGCUUGUUCAGAGGACAUAGCCUUCUUGCUGAUAUUGGGUGGUACUGGUCAGAUAGCCAAACUCCUCGCUUGCCCAAUGUACAGCGAUCGGCGAAGAUAUCUCCUUGCGUACAGAACGCACAUGUCGCCUCACACAAGCAAAUGCUGGAGAAGACACUGGAAAGAUGCUGGCGUGGUAUCACCUGCGUUACUGGAUGAUAUUCCCUGUACGCAGAUCGGUAUAACACAGCUCGAUCAAAUCUGGGUGCCACUGAUAGCUCAUAUGAUGGAGCCGGGGGCAAGGAAUUUUACUGAACAGGAAAGGAUACGCUACGAUGAACUGAAGAUGUCGAAGAAGUUCAUUAACGAAGUGAUGGGCUAUGAUAUCCUGCGAGGCCGCGCAGCUGACGGGGGCGAAUCGGACGAUGAACAUGAGCCAUGAGAAACGAGUUAGUAUCGUACAUCGCAAGACAAGACACUUUGUAGCGGCCAAACUCUGCACCUUCCUCUGCGGGAUUUGACACAUGUCGGUUGCCGUGCAAUUUCCGCAUUUUGUCGGUUGUUGAGGCUUGUACCUGCUGGCUUGGCUUAGUUUCUGCUUCACGAUGCCACCAGUCAAUGCCAGCCCACAGCUAUUACGUACUGGUCCGGUCGGGUAGCGCGCUAUGAAUGUUAGGUGAUCAUGAAGGCCGACGGCAACUAUGGACCCUGCAUAUGUCAACUAGAAGAACGUGUU